UUUUAUCUUCCUUGCACUCUACAAACCCUAACCCAAAACCCUAACUCACUCCGUCGUCCACGGCGGCUCUCAAAAUGUCAUCAUCAACCACCGCCGUCGUCUCUCCUCCCAUCACCACCGCCGUUUCCGAGGCCGCCGAUGGCCCUGUUCUAACCGUAAUCAACAAACGAAUCCGCAACCUCCGCAAAAAACUCAACCGGAUCACCCAAAUUGAAUCCAAAUCCGCCGUCAAAAACAAAGAACAAGAAGACCUUGUGAAAUCCAAACCCUCACUUCUCGCCGCCAUCGACGAACUCGAAAAACUCCGACAACCGUUGUCCGCCGCCGUCGAUGAAGAAAUCGCCCUCGCCGUCAAUACUCAUCUCUCCGUCUCCGACGCCCCAAAACCCGCCUCUGACGUCACCACACCCGACGCUGACGUCACCGAUACGAAAUUAGCUAACAAUAAUAACGAAAAUGAUGAUAAAAAAGAAGAUGAGAAAAAUCAAAUUGAGGAUUUGUUGAGAUUGGUUUACUUUGCUAGUAUGUUUGAUGUGAAAUCGAAUUCGGAAUUUAAUCGAAUAAUGUUGACUAGAAGCCAUGAGAGGAAUUGUUGUUUGACUUAUGAUUACGUCACUGAUGAUGAUGCUGUUGUCAUGCUUGGAGAGCAUGAUUUGGAUUUGAUAUCUUUGAUGGGUUCUUUGGUCAUUUCUAGACCUGUUGAUUCGACUUUUUCGCAUCAAAAUGCGUUGCAGAGAUGUAUCCAGCACGCCAAGCUUUGGCUCGAGAAUUCCGAUCAGCCUAUUGACCCGAAUUACAACAAUGUGACUUAUGCUGGAUUGAGGGAGAAGUUGGAGAAGAUAAUCGGUUCGGAGUAUGUUAAAAUUACUCCGGAGUUUAAGGUGACUGCUGAAGCUGCUGGGAAUUACGCAUUUCAGGUGCCUGUGCAGGUGGACACUUUGGUUAAUCAUCAGACUGAACAAAAGGAAGACAAUGCUACGGGGUUUGAAAGAAAUGAGACCUACGAAGACCAAUCUAGUCCGGUUGAAGAACAUCCUAAGCAUGAGAUAGAUGCUGAAAGUUCCAUAGAAACUCCAGCCCAGACAGAGCAGAUUGAAACACAGGCAGGUGGUACUGAUUACAAGGACCAGCAUGUACCUCGACGAGCAUAUCAGAACCAAAGAGGUGGUGGUGGCCGCAAUGGUGGCAUCGGUGGUGGUCGUAGAGGUUUUGGAAAUGGGCGUGGUGGUCGAAGUGGUGGCAGAAGUGGACCUUACCAGAAUGGGCGUAACCAAUUCAAUGACCAGCCUGGAAAUUAUUACCCAAGGAAUCAUCAUGGUGGCAGGGGAAGAGGUGGUAGGGGAAACAGCGGCUAUGCCUACAACAACCAUGCUUCUGGAGUUGAAGUGGCAGAAUCUUGAUUUCUGAUGGUGGUUUAGGUUUGCUUAUAGUCUCUUUUUGGUCGCUAAUCUUGUUGGGUAAAUGGUGAAAAAUGGUCUAUCGUUUUACAUGAAAACAUGAAUGAGUUCUGGACCCGUUGUCUUAUUUCAAGUAUAAUUAUUUCUGGAUCUUUAUAUGGUAA